AUGCUAGAGUCUCAUUUCAUCACCCAUCUUUUUUUUGCAGUGAUACAAUUUCUCACAGGGGUUUUGGCAAAUGGCAUUAUUGUACUUGUGACUGGCCCGGACUUGAUCAAGCAGAGAAAGAUGGUGCCCUUGGAUCUCCUCCUUUGCUGCCUGGCAAUUUCCAGGAUUGGUUUCCAGAUCGUCAUCUUCUAUGUUAUUCUGGCUGUCCUGUCCUUGAUUGAAUUAUCUCCAGUUACUGAGACGUUUACAUUUUUCAUGUUUGUGAGUGAAUCAGGACUUUGGCUAGCUACGUGGCUCAGCGUUUUCUACUGCGCUAAAAUCACCACCGUCAUUCAUCCAUUCUUCUUUUGGUUGAAAUUGAGGAUAUCCAAGUUGGUUCCAUUGCUGAUUUUUGGGUCCUUGCUAUAUACAUCUUUGACUUCUGUUUUCCAUAGUAAAUAUAGCUGGACUCUUUUCCAGAAAGUCUGGUUGGGCCUUUUCUCCCCAAAUGUAACAACUCAGAUGAAAGAACUAUGUACAUUACAGUUUGCCUUUCUUGUCACUGAGUUCUUGUUGCCAUUACUUAUCUUCCUUAUUUCUGCUCUGCUCUUGAUAUUUUCCCUGGGGAGACACACCCAGCAGAUGAUAAACACAGCACCAGGCACCAGGCACCCUAACACAAGUGUCUACUUCAACGUUCUUCUGUCUAUCCUGUCCUUCCUGGUCCUCUAUCUCUCCCAGUACAUGAUGGCUGCUUUAAUCUUUUCUCAAAUUUCCAAGAUCAGACACUUCGUCUUUCUGAUUUCCAUGUUAGUGUUUGGUUCAUACCCCUCUGGACACUCCAUUAUCUUAAUUUUAGGAACUCCUAAACUCAAACAAAGUGCGAAGAAGUUCUUCCUCCACAGUAAGUGCUGUCAGUGA